UAAUUUUGUUUUUGGGUUUGAGAUCAAAGUAGGAGAGUCUUCUCUUGUUUCUUCAAUGAGUUUCUGGGUAUGUGUUGAAUGCUAAUGUUAUGUGUCAAAGUUGGCAUCUUUGGUUUCUGUUUCUCUAUGACUCUCUCAUGUAAUGAAUGGUACAUUGGUACCUGUGUAGAGUAAUAGAUGUCUUUGUCAUGCACUAUAUGCUUCUAUGAAACUAGUCAACCCGGGUUGGAAUCUUAUCCCUAUGUAAUCUUGUAGCAUUUGUAACUUCAUAGCAGUGGUCUUUUUGAGGAUGUGAAUGUAAUUCAUAGGUGGAGUGAAUUUAGUCAAUCUUGUUUCCUUUGUAAGCUAAGGUUGUGUCACCCAGAGAUAGCAGGACCAGCCAUGGUACUGAGCUCUCUCUGCCUUCACCGAACCCUAAGAAGCCUCUCCACAAUCCACACUGUUCUUCCUAUACUCUACACCAGUCCUCUACCUCAUAUAUCCUCUUCGUGGACCCUUAUCCAAUUUCGGCCGUUUGUCUCUGUGUGUGGUAGAAAGGUUAAAAUUACAAGCAGUGGCUCUUUGUCAUGUAUCUUCAGAAACAACCUUGGCCUGAGGACAUGGAGAUAUAUGGCUUACUUAGCAACUGCUGAAGUUUGUGACACAAAUUCAGCCCUUUUGGGAAGUGGAGACCUGCGCGUUCUGCCACCAAUAUUCCAGAUGUAUGGACAAUGCCGAGCAUUCUCAGGCCCCAUUACCACUAUAAAGGUUUUUGAGGAUAAUGUAUUGGUGAGGCAGCUUCUUGAAACCAGAGGCGAGGGAAGAGUAUUAGUCAUUGAUGGUGGAGGAAGCAUGAGAUGUGCUCUUGUUGGAGGGAAUUUGGGACAGUUAGCUCAAAACAUGGGAUGGGCUGGUAUUGUGGUAAAUGGCUGCAUUAGAGAUGUAGAUGAGAUCAGUGGAUGUGAUAUUGGGGUUAGGGCCUUGGCAUCUCAUCCCGUGAAGUCGAACAAAAGAGGCCAUGGUGAUAAGCAUGUUCCGAUCAACAUUGCCGGAACCUUGAUCCGUGAAGGGGAGUGGUUGUAUGCUGAUAGUGAUGGCAUCCUUAUCUCAAAAUCUGAAUUGUCUAUUUGAAUCAGUAUUGUAAGUUAACCUGUUAAACUGUCCUUCCAAUAAGAGGAUUUAGUUUUGAAGACCA